ACCCUCCUUUCUCCUAACAGCCUGCACCACCACCGCUCAGGAACCCACACCCAUUCGACGCCAGGCGCCGCCUUUGUAUAUAAAAACCGUUAAAACCAAACCUCUCUUCGAAUUGGAAGAGGAAUGGAUGACGGAGAAGCUGCUCAGACAGCUCAGUGCCAAGAGUGCAAAUUGAAGCCAUGGAAAUACAAAUGUCCCGGUUGCUCUCGCCGCACUUGCAGUCUCCCUUGCGUCAAAGCCCACAAGGAGAUAUCUGGUUGCACCGGGAAAAAGCCAUUCAAUGACGUCGUUCCUAUCUCACAGUUCGACGACAACCUUCUCUUAUCAGAUUACAAUAUGCUAGAGGAUGUUAAGAGGGUUGCAGAUUCUGCUAAAAAAAUGAGCGAUAGGUUUUGUUGCUAUCCUCAGUUCUGGCUUCCUUAUCCUCUACAUAGUCUUAAGAGGGCUGCCUCUAGUCGUAGAACAACACUCCUUUUUCUUCCCCCUGGGAUGUCAAAGAGAGAGAAAAACCUGUCUUCUUACAACAACAGAAAAAAGUUCAUAUCAUGGACAAUAGAAUGGCAGUUCCACUGUGAGAAAGAUGUUGUCUUGAUGGACCACCGUGUACAUGAAGACACAAACCUGCGAUCUUUGAUUGAGAAACAUCUAAAUCUGGGACCUUGGAAGCAUCCUUUGAAGCAAUUUUGUAACAUGCCACUGGAUUCUCUUAAAUUCUUUAUCCGGAAACAUCAUAAGGGGCACAAAUCUCCUUACAUCCAGCUAGAUAUAAAUGUCCCAUUACGCGAACAAUUAUGUAACUUAAUCAUUUUGGAGUACCCUGUCAUCCAUGUCUUUCUUCCAACACUAGCAAUUGAGUUUGAGGUUAUAAAAAAACCUAUUCCUGAACAAGUAAAGCCUAAGGAAGUUAUUAACAAUCACAGCCCAUCGAGUCCCAAAGGAGUAACAUUCAAGGAGGAGGAGAUAGAAGAUGAUGAGUCUUCAGAUCCUCGUCAAUGUCCUCAUGUUUCAUACCCCAUAAACAAUGCCGAUAAUGUAGAAAUAGUUACGCCUACGACUUCUUCUGUAGAAGAAAAGGGUAGUGAAGAACAAUCUGUUCAGGAUGUCCCUUCUGAUAGGGAGGACUCUGGGGCCAUGGAUUUGGCUUUUCUUGACAACAUGGCCUUUGAAUUUGAUGCGAAGUUAAUUGAUACAUACACAGAUCUCAUUGCAGAAUCUAAUCCGGAUGCUUGCCUUGACGGUUCAUCGACUGAUCCGCAGUAUCUGUUUGACGGGAGUUGGGAUGAUUUUUGUACUGGUAUGCUGCCCGGCAAUGAAGAAUUAGAGGAAGGAGAAAUUGCUCCUUGAUUUGACUGUAUUUUACAAAUGCCAUUGGCUAUGCUGUUAAUGUUAAAGAUGUCCAUCGUAUUGAUUGGCAUAUCAGGGAAUCUUUAACAAUCCGCAGUAUCUGUUUGACGGGAGUUAGGAUGAUUUUUGUACUGGUAUGCUGCCCGGCAAUGAAGAAUUAGAGGAAGGAGAAAUUGCUCCUUGAUUUGACUGUAUUUUACAAAUGCCAUUGGCUAUGCUGUUAAUGUUAAAGAUGUCCAUCGUCUUCUUAUAAUGUUCAUAUAAGUUCUAUACUUAUAAAUGGGUCGGCCGGUUGGGGCUUGGGCGCUUGGCAUAUCAGGGAAUGUAUUGAUUGAUCGGCUUUUGGGAUUUCCUGAGUGUUAAUUCUGUUGCUCACCAGGUUUGUUGUUCGUGUUGUUUUUGUUUUAUACUUUUGAAUAUUAUCGUUUUUGUCUGUAUUAAAAAGGUUUGUAAUAUUUGCAAGUCUAAAUCUUCGUCCAUUUUCCAAGCGUGGUUUAGAAGUUAAAAAUACUACUCGCAAUCGUUUUUGUCUGUAUUAAAAAGGUUUGUAAUAUUUGCAAGUCUAAAUCUUCGUCCAUUUUCCAAGCGUGGUUUAGAAGUUAAAAAUACUACUCGCAAUCGUUUGUGGCUUUGUGCCAAGACAAGAUAUGGAU